UCCUCCGCUUCCAUUGGGUUCCCACGCCGGCUUCUCCGGCAAGGCACGUGUGCUGCUGAAUGGAGCUGGUCGCUGGCAGCUACGAGCAGGUCCUCUUUGGGUUUACAGUGCACCGCGGGCCCGCGAAGAGUGGCCACCGGGAGACAUGGACUCCUGUGGCUGACUUCACUCACCAUGCGCACACUGCCUCCCUGUCAGCGGUGGCAGCCAACAAUCGCUAUGUGGUCACUGGCAGCAAAGAUGAGACCAUUCACAUUUAUGACAUGAAAAAGAAGGUAGAGCAUGGGGCUCUGGUGCAUCACAGUGGCACAGUAACUUGCCUGAAAUUCUAUGGCAGCCGGCACUUAAUCAGUGGAGCAGAAGAUGGGCUCAUCUGUGUCUGGGAUGCAAAGAAAUGGGAGUGCCUGAAGUCCAUUAAAGCUCACAGGGGACAUGUGACUUUCCUUUCUAUCCACCCGUCUGGCAAGUUGGCUCUGUCUGUUGGUACUGAUAAGACAUUAAGAACGUGGAAUCUUGUAGAGGGAAGAUCAGCUUUCAUAAAAAAUAUAAAGCAAAAUGCUCACAUAGUGGAGUGGUCCCCAAACGGAGAGAAGUACGUAGUUGUUGUGAUGAAUAAAGUGGAUGUCUAUCAUCUGGACACGGCGUCUGUGAGCGGCACCCUCACAAAUGGAAAGAGGAUCUCUGCCAUUACGUUUCUCUCAGACUCUGUCCUUGCAGUGGCUGGAGAUGAAGAAGUUGUAAGGUUUUUUGACUGUGAUACCCUAGUGUGCCUCUGUGAAUUUAAAGCUCAUGAAAACAGGGUAAAAGACAUGGUCAGUUUUGAAAUCCCAGACCAUCAUGUUCUUGUCACAGCAUCAAAUGAUGGCUUCAUCAAAAUGUGGACACUUACGCAGGAUAAGAAAGCUCCCCCAUCUCUGCUCUGUGAGACCAACACUGGUGCCAGGCUGACGUGUCUUGGCGUGUGGUUAGACCGAGGGACAGAUGAGAAGGCGCGCCUCCCUCCAGCAACAGAGCCCUGCCCUGACCAACCUAAGACGAUCGAAAAGGAGUCUGCUGACAAAAUUCAGGAAGAAGCGUCAGCACCUAAUGCAGAGAAAUCUGACCACACUGGUGGCAGCCAGCAGCCAACUAAAAGAAAUAGCCCAGCGCCAGCCAAGAAGAGGAAAAUGGCAAACGUGUCAGAAAAGAAGAGAAAAAAGAAAAUGUGAUUCACAUGGCAAUCCCAGACUCUCCUCCCCAACACAGUGUCUUUUUGACAGAAUUCUCCUUUUUAAAUAUUAUACUUAACUUUCCCAUGUGAGAAACAAACAAACAAACAAAAAACUUUCUCCUUCUGGAGAAAAUGUUCAGCUUAAAAAAAAAACCACUUUUAGGUGGUGCUCUGUUUUGUUAAGUGAUAAAAUUAUUUUGGCAGAUGGCAUUUUAUUAUAUAUUGUAGUAUAUAGUGGUUGUAUACUUUUUACUGUGCAGAGCAAGUAAAGAUCUGAAAAUACUGUAUUUAAAAUAA